GGCGGAGCUUGCAGGAACGCGGCCGGUUCAGGGUUCUGUUCUGGUGUGUGUGAAUGCGGAGCUGGGAUAGAAGGAGCUGCUCCGGUUUUGCAUGAGCAGGACAGAACUGGCAAGGUUGGCCUGGAGGCAAAUGCACUACUGGUUCCUCUCGGAGAGAUUUUUGGGAGUUAGGAAAUCCAACCUUGCUGCACACAACCAACUGUCCACCACAAGAAAUAUGUCAGAAGAACAUAUCCCUGUGCAUGAUGAAUUCAUCUACUGCCUCGGAGCUGCUACACAAGUUCUUAAAUUUGGGCGUUGGAGGGAUCUGCAGAAAACCUCAGAUGAAGCCCCACCUAAGCUAUUGUUCCUUAUCAUCCCAGGUAAUCCUGGAGUAGUCGGAUUCUACAAAACUUUCAUGCAGUCCCUUUACUGUGGGUUUAACAGAAAAUAUCCAGUAUGGACUAUCGGCCAUGCAGGGCACUGUUCACCACCUAUUGGAAUGGAUAUGACUGACGAACAUGACCAUCAGAUAGAUGAUGUAUUUGGCCUCAAUGGUCAAGUUGAACACAAGCACUUCUUCUUAAAACAAAAUGUCCCGGCUGACGUAAAGCUGGUUCUCAUUGGCCAUUCCAUUGGUUGUUAUAUCAUCUUGGAGAUGAUGAAACGAUCUCCAGAACUGAAGGUUUUAAAGUCCAUUUUGCUGUUUCCAACUAUUGAGAGAAUGGCGCAGUCGCCGCAGGGCAAGAUAAUGACGCCAUUGUUGUGCAGCCUGCGGUACGUGGUGUAUAUGCCUUUAUAUCUACUCUCCUUCUUACCGGACGUCAUGAAGAUAUUUCUGGUGAAGUUAGCGCUGCGUGGCAUCAAAUCUGUGGAUGAAGCAUCAGUUGUGGCCUCGCUGGACCUGUUCAGAAUGGAGUGUGCCGCUAAUGGCAUGUACAUGGGUAGUCAAGAAAUGCUGAAGGUCGUUGAAAGGGACAAUGCUACGAUCAAACAACAUUUAAACCAGUUGAUUUUCUACUAUGGCGCCACAGACAACUGGUGUCCGGUCCAGUAUUACGAAGACAUUAAGAAGGAUUUCCCUAAAGGCAAUAUCUGGCUGUGUGAUAAAGGCUACAGACAUGCCUUCGUUUUGGACUCCAGCAAAGAAGUAGCCUCAUUGGUUAUAAACUGGUCAAACGAGCAACUGGACCUCUGAGCUGGCCUCCUCCAAGAAAUACUAGAAUGGUAGCUCAGUUUUAUGGUCCCGGGUUAGAGAUCAUAGAAUGGUAGGGGUUACCAUAGCUUAGAUAUAUUUUAGGAGAAUGUAUGGCUCUCUUGUUGCUAGCUUUGAUAUACUUGACCAACAUUUGACUGUACAUGAGACCAAGAAGUGACAAUCAGAAGAUGUGCAAUCCAUAGGUCGGGUUAAGAGUUUUUGAUGAAUCUUCUGAUCUUCAGUAGUUGAAUGCAUGGAUGUAAAUUACAAAAAAAUUCGGUAAUUCCAAUCUCAGUGAUGUGAUCAUUUAGCUGAAAGGGAUUUAUGACUAUUCAUUAAUCGAAUAUACCAGCAUUAUGCAAAGAUAUAGCAGUGCCCUCUAGGGGGCAACAGAGUUUGCUAGAAUUAAAAAAAAAAAGUCUAAUAUAGGUGUAUAGAGUAAUGACACCCAGUUUUUUAACCAAGGACAAAACAGUGAAAGUUCUCAUUCCGAGGAAACCAGUUCUUAAAGGGCAGGGAGAAGACUAAUUCAGAGUAAUUUUCUGGUGGAGAUGUGUUGAAAGUGUUGCCAACCCCCAAGUCAUUAUCACCUAUGUAUAUGAAUGUUUUUAGAUGUGUAAAGGUGACUUAACAGCUUCAAUAGCUGUCCUACAGCUGUUCCUCCCAUACACACUGUGAGGGAUUAGCUCUUUUUCAGGGGUCAUUCUCACAGUUUUCGCCACAACAGCCGUAUUGCAGACCAAACAUGGGGUUUAUUUUUAUCGCAACAAAAUAUAAAAUAACACCUUGCCCGGUAACAUAAUGCGUAAGUCCUGACUCUGACCUUGCGACCAUCGUUUCCCAGACCUCGCGGAGUCCCCCAAAGUUCAGGCUAACACCUAGCCCCGUGGCCCCUCAGCCAGUCCGGCUGAGACCACUCUUCCAGAGCCUACAGCAGGACUCUGUUGCACAAAGACUCUCUCCCCUGACUGACAGUCUGGGCUGGGCUUUUAUCCCAGACUGAUUGUGACACCUGGUGCUGCCUCAGACCUGAUUGACGGGGAAGACACAGAAACUCCUGCCAUGAAUCUCUAGCAGCUAUGAGGCCUGUCACUGCCUCACAUAACCCCCCUUCUUUGUUCAAGCCCGUAGGGGUGAACACUAGCAUCAUAUCCAGAUGCUCGUGAACGGGCAUCGACCUGGCCUACAGUCUUCCCCUUAUUCUGCCAGACCCAGGACAACAGCGCUUGGUUUGUCACAAACAUGAAUUUAUUCCAGGGCAGAUAAUACCUACGGGAUUGUCUUGCCCAUCUCAUGAGCAGGUACUCUCUUUCACGAGCGAGGAUGAUGCGCUUUCGCACCCGUGGUCUCUGUUUUCUUUUUUCUGUUCCUCUCCACAUUUGGCAUUCGGUCUCUGGAACUUCUCUCAGAAGAUGUUUUUAUAUGACCGGCAGGCUCUCUUUUUAGAUUUUCUGGCUCCUGCACAUGCUCCUCAUGUCCUUUCUUGGGCUACUGCAACUCUUGACCGAACUGUUCCCAGUCAUGGUGAAGUCCCUACCCUUUCUCCUUUGC